AUGUUGUGCCGAACAGCUGCCGCACGCUCCGUACUCCGGGCUGUGUCGAACUCGAAUGCCUCAAUCACCCGCAGUGCGUGGUCGAAUACCGUUUUCAAGGCCCAAUUGACCACCACCGCGAGACAAUGGGCCGGCCCACGAUCGGCCUCCAUGGCUCUCUCGGCAUUCCGCAAGCCAGCGACCACUGCUCUGGUCCGCUAUGCCACUACCGAGGCCCAGAAGGCCGCGGAAAAGACCGUGGUUGAAGAGCAUGACGUUGAUAUGAUGGCCGGUGUCAAGAACGACGUGAAAGUUAUCAAGGAUACCUUCAGCCUGGAAGGCGUCCCCAAGGAGGCUCUGUACUUUGGUUUGGCUGGUGUUGUCCCAUACGUUGUGACCUCUCUCCAGACCGUGUACCUCUCAUGGGAGAUGAACAACGCUGUCACUCUUGGUUCUGGCAAGUACAUCUCCGCCGAGACUGCCGAGGCCAUGAUGAACCUCAUUGAGCCUAUCCAAAUCGGAUAUGGCGCUGUGAUCCUCUCCUUCCUUGGAGCCGUCCACUGGGGUAUGGAGUGGGCUGGAUAUGGCGGAAAGCAGGGUUAUCGCCGAUAUGCCACUGGUGUUGUCGCCCCUGCUGUAGCCUGGCCUACCCUCCUCCUCCCACUUGAGUAUGCCUUGAUCACCCAGUUCUUCGCCUUCACCUUCUUGUACUACAACGACACCCGUGCCGCCAUCAAGGGAUGGGUCCCAGCCUGGUACGGAAUGUACCGUUUCGUCCUGACCUUCGUCGUUGGCGCCUCCAUCGUCCUCAGCUUGAUCGGUCGUGAGCAGCUUGCUUCCCACUUUACCUCUGAGCACGGUGUGGCCGACAAGAUCAAGGCUCUCCAGGCCGCCAGAGAGAAGGAACAGGCCAGAAUCGAGGCCGUUGCUGCCGAGGCUGAAUCUUCCGACGUAGCGCCUUCACCCUCCCCAUCCCCGGAGCUCGCAUCCGAUCCAACCUGGUUGCAUGUUGCUAUUGAGGCCAGAGAUGUAACACGGCAGAGCUUGAUUCCACGUCGUGUCCCCGAGUGGCAGUUCGCCCCGCAGCCGCUACCCAAGGAACCACAACUCCCCGCGCGAGAUCGGGCAGACUCUGUUCUCGCACAACCUCCGGCUCUCGAUAUCCAGCCCGUCUACGCCGGCGCCAGCGCUGCUCUACUCGCCUCACCUUGCCCUUGCUACGGUCCGCAGUGGUCGUAUGUGAGCCCGUUGCGCGUCCCCUGGAACCGAGGCAGCUCUACCAUCCGCCGAAACAUGGCGUCCGAGUCCACCAAGAGCUCGCUUGCAGCCCUCCGAGAGAGCGCCAUCGAGGUCGUGAAGAACCUGGCAGAUACGUUCGAUGGAGGAGUCGACACGUUUGCCGUCCGCGGUCCGGUGCUGCUCAGCCGUGAAGAGCGUCCGUCUCGGUUCAUAGGAGCGAUUGACCAGGGCACCACCAGCACCCGCUUCAUCAUAUUCGACCUUGAAGGGAACAUUGCUGCCUCCCAUCAGACGGAGCUGGGGCGGGUACAUGACCAACCUGGUUGGCAUGAACAGGAUCCAGCAGAGAUUGUGUCCUCUGCACAAAAGUGUAUAGAGCAGGCAACGAAGUCGUUCAUCAACAAUGGCCACUCCAUCAGUGAGAUUGAGGUCCUGGGAGUUACGAAUCAGCGAGAGACAACGGUGGUAUGGGAUUGGGAGACUGGCAAGGCACUCUACAACGCCAUUGCCUGGCCGGAUACUCGUACCAAGUCAAUAGUUAGAGAGUUCAAGGAAAAGGGGGCCGACGACCUACAUGAGAUAUGUGGUUUGCCCCUGUCAACCUACUCCUCUUCGGCCAAGCUGGUCUGGCUGCUUCGCAACGUACUGGAGGUGAAAGAGGUCUAUGAAGCUGGAAAUCUGGCUUUCGGUACCGUCGACACAUGGUUGUUGUAUAACCUCAACGGGGGGAAGGAGAAUAACGUAUUCGUAACCGAUGUCUCAAACGCUUCACGGACGAUGUUCACUAACUUACAUACCCUGAAAUACGACGACAGGCUACUUAAUUUCUUUGGCCUAGAACAGUCAAAGUUGAGGCUUCCCAAGAUUGUUCCAUCUGCUGAUCCAACAGCAUUCGGACAGCUGACCACAGGAGUCCUCAAGGGAAUUCGAAUAAUGAGCUGUCUCGGUGAUCAGUCUGCUGCAUUGGUAGGUCACGGAGCGUUUGAUCCCGGGAUGGCAAAAAAUACCUACGGCACUGGCUGUUUCUUGCUUUACAACGUUGGUGAAAAGCCAGUCAUCUCUAACCACGGCCUUCUUGCAACAGUGGGCUACCAGCUAGGUAUCGACCAGAAGCCCGUCUAUGCCUUGGAGGGCAGCAUAGCUGUAGCAGGAAGCGGUGUUAAUUUUCUAAUGAAUAAUUUGGGCUUCUUCCGAGACGCCAGGAGGGUUGAUGACGAGGCCUCGAGCGUACCGGAUAACGGUGGCUGCGUUUUCGUCACUGCGUUCAGCGGCCUCUUCGCUCCUUAUUGGAUCGAUACCGCAAAAGGAACAAUAUUUGGCAUCACACAGCACACUAAGAAAGGCCAUAUCGCCCGAGCAACGCUCGAGGCAGUAUGUUUCCAAACCAAGGCGGUCUUGGAUGCAAUGGAGCGCGAUAGUGGGCAGAAGCUUGCUGAGCUCAGGGUGGACGGCGGCCUAAGUACUUCCAAUGUCUGCAUGCAAUCACAAGCUGAUAUAAUUCGCAUACCUGUAAAACGCCCAGCAAUGCACGAAGUAACAGCUCUAGGAGCGGCAAUUGCCGCCGGGAUCGCCAUCAAGAUUUGGGAUAGCCCGAAAAACCUGGAGGGCCUCAAACAAUCGGAUAAGACAGUCUUUGAACCCCAACUCCCGGAAUCAGAGAGCAACCGGAUGUACACCAAAUGGUCAAAGGCCGUCGAGAUGUCCCGAGGCUGGAUGGACAACAGCGAUUGA